UUGCGUACACGUGACCGUCUCAUCCGGGUCUUUGCGUUCUUUCACACUCGGCCCAACAUGGCAGCUUCAGCAGCUAAGAAGAAGAGCAAGAAGGGGAAGACUUUGACCCUAACUGACUUCUUGGCAGAUGACGGAAACAGUGGAGGUGGUGGAGGAGGUGGAGGUGGUGGUGGUGGUAGCAGCAGCAGCACCUCCUAUGCUCCAAAACCAGUCAGCUGGGCAGACGAGACAGAUGAUUUGGAAGGAGAUGUUUCUACAACGUGGCACAGUAAUGAUGAUGAUAUGUAUCAUGCACCCCGAAUUGACCGGUCCAUCCUGCCCACGGCCCCUCGUGCUGCUCGUGAACCUGAUGUGGACCGAAGCAGACUCCCAAAAAGUCCUCCCUUCACUGCUUUCCUUGGAAACCUUCCCUAUGAUGUGUCUGAGGAAUCAAUCCAGAAGUUCUUCAGAGGACUGAAUAUCAGCGCUGUACGACUACCCCGUGAACCUACCAACCCUGAAAGGUUAAAAGGAUUUGGUUAUGCUGAGUUUGAUGAUUUGGACUCUCUUCUACAAGCGCUUACCCUCAACGAGGAAUCUCUUGGAAACCGAAGGAUAAGAGUGGACAUAGCCGACCAGUCUCAAGAAAAAGAUCGUGAUGAUCGUUCCUUUGGUAGGGAUCGGGAUCGUAACAGGGAUUCUGACAAAACUGACUCAUCAGAUUGGAGGGCGCGUCCCAGCUCAGACAGUGUCGAUGACAAUCCUCCUCGUCGGGGUGACGACAGUUAUGGAGACAGGUAUCGUGAUCGUGAUCGCUAUGAAACAGACCGGUAUCGGGAUGGUCCACCACGUAGAGAUGAUCGUUAUGAUAGAGACCGAGGAAGAGACCGAUAUGAUGACCGUAAUUCUAGGGAUUAUGACAGAGGUUAUGACUCUCGGGGUGGUGGCCGAAGAGCAUUUGGCAGUGGAUAUCGACAAAAUGAUGAUUACAGAGGUGGAGAACAACGAUAUGGUGGUGAUAGAUAUGAUGACCGAAAAGAUGAUAGGCCAGAACGAUCCGACCGAUGGAAUGGUAACUCUCGGAAUGAGGAAAGGCGAGAAGAGAGAGGUCCUCCUCAGAGGCCAAAACUGAACCUUAAACCACGUACAGCACCUAAAGAAGAAGAACCAACUCCUGCUAGUGGAGGCCCAGCACCUACCAGUCGUGCAGCAUCGAUAUUUGGAGGCGCAAAGCCUGUAGACACAGCUGCUAGGGAAAGGGAGGUUGAAGAACGACUGCAGAAAGAACAAGAGAAACUGCAGCAACGACAUCUGGAUGAUGUACCAAGACAACUAGAAAGAAAGCCUAGAGAAAGGCAUCCUAGCUGGCGAAGUGAGGAGAACCAAGAACGUUCUAGGACUGGCAGUGAGUCUUCACAAACAGGCACCACUGCCAAUUCUUCCAGGAUUUCUCGAAGAAGGGAAAGUGAGAAGUCCGUGGAGAAUGAAGUGUUUGGAAAGGAUGAGGAAGUUCAUUCUCCAAGCUCAAAAUCUCCCAAAUCAGAGGCACAGCCGCCACUUAAAGUGAUGCCAGCCCCUCCACCAAAGGAGAAUGCUUGGGUUAAACGCAGUACAGCUCCUCCCUCACGUUCAAUAAGCUCAGAAUCCUCCCAGAGUGCAAAUGACAGACAUUCAGACUCUGAUAGGCGGCACUCAGGGGCAGGGCAACGCAAAGUGGAUGAAAACCAACUGGACCGUGGCAGAGCUUCUGAAAAAAAAGAAAGGAGGGACCCAGAGCCAAAGAGAAUGGAGGAUGAACAUGGAGUUGUAAGAUUUUGUUUUUCUUACAUUUUUAUAUACACCACCUUCUUAAGAAAAAUGUAA